UGGCCGCCCUGCGCCCGGCGAGGGCCGCGCGCGCGGGCCCCGCACCCGCGGGCCCCAUGUUCACCGAGCUGAGGUCCAAGCUCAGCCCCCCGCGAGGCCGCGCCGGGGCUGUGCGCCCGGGCUUCGGGGAGCGCCGGGAUGUGGACGCCACUGCCCACUUGAGUUUCUGCCGGACCCUCUUGGAGCACACUGUGUCAGCGGAGAGCAUCCCUUGCCACCUGCCUCGGACACCGGGCACAAGCCUCACAUGGCACGACUCCCGGAGCCAGAGGGCUUCCAGCAGCAGACCAGUCAAGCUUCUUCCGCAGCCUGGCACAGAGGCCUCCCAGGGCCGUCUGUAUUCUGAGCACUACGGCCUGUACCACACAAGUCCCUCACUGGGUGGCUUGACCCGGCCUGUGGUCUUGUGGAGCCAGCAGGACGUCUGCAAGUGGCUCAAGAAGCACUGUCCCCACAACUACCUUGUCUAUGUCGAGGCCUUCUCCCAGCACGCCAUCACUGGCCGAGCACUGCUCCGGCUGAAUGCAGAGAAGCUGCAGCGGAUGGGACUGGCGCAGGAGGCACAGAGACAGGAGGUGCUGCAGCAGGUGCUCCGCCUGCAGCUUCCUUCGGAAACAUGCUGUAGCUGUUGCCCGGGCCUGGACCCCAGACCCCAACACUGUGACCGGAGCCCACAGCCAAGGAUGAGGCAGAGCUGGCCCCACUUGGACGCUGGCAGGAUGCCCGAAUGGCUAAACCCCUCCCAAUGAACAGGCAGGACCAGAACCACAACCUUCAGAUGCCUCUGGUUGGCAAUCCAGGCUGUGCCCUGGGGGAGGGGAGGGGCUACUUGUGUGGAGCCCCUCCUCCUGGGACCCAAGCCCAGGCCCACUCCCUGGUGCUGCUUGCAGCAGGCAGGGCAGCUUCCUGGAGCCAGAACGGGGUUUGGAUGGCCCCGGACUCCCAGGGAGUCUGUUUAUUUACAUUCCCUUUACCUUGUGACCAUCUGCCAUUACCUGGCUCACCCAUCAUUCUCUUGACUCCUCCAGUCUGUGCCCUCCCGGGUGCCACCAGUCAGCUGACAGUGGGACAAUCUGCUUUGGCUCCCUUCGGCUUGUGUUUCUGGCCCCUACCCUCCCCCUCCCAGCAGGCCCAAACCAUGGUUCAGAGUAACGACCUUGAGUAGGCACCAACCCAGCCAGACACCGCGGCAAGGCCUUCAGUCAUUAUGAAAUCUUUGCCACCUACUC